GGGGGGUGUGGCCCCUCCGGUGCUGUGUGGAGGUAAUACACUCCUCAGGUAACGCUGUGUGACUCAUUCUCACACACACCUUAAACAGAGCACAUGGCACUGUUACACCUUUACUCUUCAACUCAGCCCGAAGACGAACUGUGGGAAUAAACUGAACGAGCGCCCCACGCAGAGAAACAGGAUUUUCUCAGAAGAGCAGAGGACCUGAAGGGAAGUGUUGGACCUGGACUCAAAGACAGUGAGUUGUGAGGAAAUGUGAUUUUUCUUGGAGGAGGAUUGUUUGUUUCCCAUCGUCAAAGAAUCAAAUUAGUUUACUCCGUCAGACUGUGGAAGUAACAGAGCUGCACAGAAUCUGCAGAGAGCUCACCUGAUACUUGACAGUAGUUUUCUUUUUCGAGCUGUCCAUGACAAUGCCGGUGGUCAAAGUGGAGACAGACUCUGCAGCCGACACUUUGUCUGACUCCAACCCUCCGCCACAGACGGAGGAGCAGCCCAAAGGUCGCAGGAGGAAGAGACCUCUCCAGCGAGGGAAACCCCCGUACAGCUACAUCGCUCUCAUUUCCAUGGCCAUAGCAAACGCCCCGGAUCGAAAACUGACCCUGGGGGGCAUCUACAAAUUCAUCACAGAGCGUUUCCCCUUCUACAGAGACAAUUCAAAGAAGUGGCAGAACUCCAUCCGCCACAACUUGACACUCAAUGAUUGUUUCAUCAAGAUCCCCCGAGAGCCGGGGAGGCCGGGAAAGGGCAACUACUGGGCUCUAGAUCCAAACGCAGAGGACAUGUUCGAGAGCGGCAGCUUCCUGAGGCGGAGAAAGAGGUUCAAGCGCUGCGACUUGGCCACCUACACCGCGUUCGUGCAGGAGACACCAGUUUUCUCUCCUGUCCAGAUUGCCAGGUCAGCUGCAUACUCCAGCUCCUUCUACUCCAACAUGACCGUCAGUCCCAGCUACGGGCAGCAGCUGCCGUCUGCCUACUACCCCUCGUCGUCACCUCCUGGUUUCGGACCAGGUCAGACCCGCACGUUCAGCAUCAACAACCUCAUGGGACACCCGACUCCAGCGAGCAUGCUGGGAGGUCAAGGGGCAGAGGGGAUGCAGCAGCCCAGUCGGAGCUUCAGUCCUGAGGGGCUUCCGAACGGAUCCAGUCCCUGCAGCCUGGGAGCCCCGGCUUUCCAGGGCCAAGGAUGUGGAGGCCCAGUGCCGUCCCGCUCCUCUGCCCAUCCCGGGUUCAGCUACUCCGGGCAAAGCAUCCACCCACACCACGGCUCAUAUGUACAGGGCCAUACCCAGGGCUAUGCACCAACGGGACGCCUCCAUGCCUCAGCCCACGGACAUGCCGAGUCCAUGGAGCAUUACGGCAGGAUCUCCCCAGUGCAGCUGGGUUCCUUCUCCCAGUAUAACAGUGCUGCGGGUCCCAUCAGCAACACCGGGGGUUAUCUGCGACACCCCACAUACCCAGGGAAUAUAGACAGGUUUGUGUCUGCUAUCUGAGAUCAGGAGAACGUAGGUUCCAGGAUCUCACCACGUUCUUCACAGAGACUUGGAGACAGCGGCGAGUGAGCCAGACAUUUCUGCACAGAAACAGGAUCGUUCGUUUUUCUUUCUUCGUGACAUUUUAUUAAAAGACGAAAGUGGUCGGACUGAAUACAGACACCUCUCCUGACACAACUGUGAUUCAUACCAUUAAAGCUAACAAUCCAUUUUCCAGUACAGAGGGUAAUUUACUUAAAGGUCAAGCUUCAAAUCUGGUUUUAAAAUGUCACGGCUUCUUCGCAGCAUGUGACAAUGUUUCAUUCGUCUAAUUUCAUGUGUGGUUUUUCUUUUUUGUUGCCAUGACUUGAACGUGCAAGUUAAAAAAUAUUUUCAUUACUAAUUCAGUUUAAACGGCAGUUUUGAAAUGUUGCUAUAAAUUAUUGUGUUUCGUGGUCAUAGGCUUUGCAUUCAGUGGCUUUUAUGAAGAACGCCAACUUUAGUUUUUGCAUGUAUUUUGUUGCCAAAUGAAAAUGCAUAUUAAGUCAUCUUUUAUGUAAAUAAACAAUCUUAUUGGA